UUAUGUAGCUAUUGUCGGCUUGUUUUCUUCUGCUGUAAAAACACUUGUUUUCGUCAAUGUUUUGAUCCAACAUGGCUCUUCUGAAAUCCCUGCUGGCUUUCUCCAACAGGCUUCUUCCGACAUUAAGGAAUCAGACUCCUGUCACUAACAUCAAGAGGACUUUCUUCCUUCCAGCACUCUUCAAACGCGCAGAUGGCGGGUUUGCUAUCUUUGGUCGAAAGUGCAGUUCUACUGCAGCCAAUGCAGAGAAAAGCGAGGACGCCUUCCUGAAGUGGUUCCUGCUGCUCAUCCCUGCAGCCACCUUUGGCCUGGGUACAUGGCAGGUGAAAAGGCGUCAGUGGAAGAUGGGAUUAAUCAAUGAACUGAGGCUCCUCACCACAGCGGAGCCUAUUCCUCUUCCUCCUGAUCCUCUUGAAGUGAACAAGCUGGAGUACAGAAGGGUGAAAGUCCGCGGGCACUAUGAUCACUCUCAGGAGCUGUACAUCAUGCCCCGCUCGCCUGUCGACCCAGAGAAAGAGGCCAGGGAGGCAGGAAGCCUGUCCUCGAGUGGAGAGAUUGGAGCAAACGUCAUCACCCCUUUUCAUUGCUCUGACAUUGGCAUCAAAAUCCUGGUCAACAGAGGAUACGUACCAAAGAGGAAAAUACAACCGGAGACCAGAAUGAAGGGGCAGGUGGAGGAUGAGGUGGAGGUGGUGGGGGUCAUCAGGCUGACAGAAACACGCAAACCUUUUGUGCCAAACAACGACGAAGAGAAAAAUCGCUGGCAUUACCGUGACCUGGAGGCCAUGUCUCGCGUCACUGGGGCUGCUCCCAUCUUGAUCGACGCUGACUUCAAAAGCACUGUUCCAGGGGGACCAGUCGGAGGACAAACCCGGGUCACACUGAGAAAUGAACACAUGCAAUAUAUCAUAACUUGGUAUGGUUUGUGUGCUGCUACUUCCUACAUGUGGUAUGCAAAGUUCAUCAAGAAGAUUAAAUUGUAAUCAUGUACCACUGAAAAUUAUGUUACACAGCAAUUCUUGAGGAUGUUGACUAUCAAUGCAUUAUUGUCCAUGUAUUCAAGAAUACAAAUAAAUACCUUAUGAGUA